AGGAAAAAAAGGGGCUGGGAUUAUAAUAUACUUUUCUCCUUUAUUUCUCUUUCUUUCUUUCUAAAAUAUACCCUUUAACUAUUAUAUAUUAUGGCCUUGAAACAAAUUUCUGAACAAGAUUGCUGGUUUGUCAUUGGAGCUCAUCAAGCAGGUGCGACUGAAAGACAAUGCUCUGAACUAGCUGGCCUUUCAAAGACAGUUACCCACAACAUCAUCCACAAUUUUAAAAAACUUGGUUCCCCUCAUGCCUCCAAAUUGUCCGUUAAUGCCUUAUUGACUACCACUCCAACUACCAAUAAACGUAAAAAUAACGAUAUCUCAAAGAAUGAGCCUGUGAAGCCUCGUAAGAGAGGAAGACCUCGCAACCCUAUUGAGGCUCCCUUUUUCACUCAAGCUAUUGUACGUAAUGCUUUAUUGAACGCUAAAACAGAUCAGAAAACAAACACAUAUUCACCUAAAAUUUAUCCACUGGAUCGACUCAAUACACCACCUAGCGAUGAGGAUCAGCAUCAAUUAAAGAGGCAACGACGUCACUCAUCCAUUGCCAUUGAUGAAUUACCCCCUACACCCAACUCUAUCACGGCUAUGGAUGAAUCAUCUGAUGAAGAGACUGAAGUUAAAAAGGAUUGGACUCUCGAUGAUGAUGAGGAAUUAUUGGCACACGUGUUGGCUC